AUGGCAUCGACCCAGGCCUGCGUGGGCUUCAUCGACAUGGACUGCUUCUACGUCGCCGUGGAGCGCGCGCGCGACCCGUCGCUCGACGGUUUGCCCGUCGCCGUGUGCCAGUACGAGUCCUGGCAGAAGGACACGAAGACGCUCACGGCCUACGAGGCGCGCGCGGCCGGCGUCAAGCGCCAGAUGCAGGCGGGCCAGGCGCGCAAGGCGUGCCCGCGGUUGGUCACGGUGCAGGUGCCCACGGAGCACGGCAAGGCGAACAUGAGCAUCUACAAGGAGGCGGGCCAGCGGGUCUGCGACAUCCUGGCGACCUUCGCCGAUCGCGUGGAGAAGCGAUCCGUCGACGAGGUCGCCGUCGACGUCACGGGCGCCGCGCGGAGGCUGCUCGAGACGACGCCCUUCGACGACAUUUUGCGCGAGGCGCUCCAGAAGGGCUCGCACCUCGCGGACUCGGCUGCCGGCGGCGUCGCGCCGAACAAGCAGUUGGCGAAGCUCGGCUGCGGGUUGCACAAGCCGAACCAGCAGACCGUCGUGCUGCGGCGCCACGUCGCGGGGUUGUUGCGGGACCUGCCGCUGGACCGGCUCGCGGGCCUCGGCGGCGAGUUCGGCAAGCGGCUCAAGGACGAGCUCCGAGUGGAGACCGCCGGCGACCUC